UCCUAAAUAAAAAACAAUACGGGAAGUGUCCAAAUUAUAAACUUAUGUUUUAAAUAAACUGUAGUUUCUAUAACACUAUCUAUGAAUGAAGAUACAUAUAUAAACGCAAAAAACAUGAAGGAAGGAGGAUAUUCUAUUUUUCAUCAAGAGUACAUCAUCAUGGCAGAAUAUCGUAUGCUGCAAACUGAAAAUUUACCUGGAAUUUAUGUCAUUCCAUCCCAUGAAAACUCAUUUUUAUGGUAUGGUGUAAUAUUUAUUAGAUCGGGUACAUAUGGAGGAGGAGUGUUUAGAUUUACUUUAACUUUACCUGAAAAAUUCCCAGAUGACACAGUUCCUACUAUAACUUUUACAUCACAAAUGUUUCAUCCAGCAAUAGACUCUGCAACUGGUAUUCUUAGUCUGAGUGAAGUUUUCCCACAGUGGGAUAGGAAACAAAAUCACAUUUGGCAAAUCCUAAAAUACUUGCACUGGAUAUUUCACAAUUUGAAUAUGAAAGUACCAGCCAAUAAUGAUGCUUCUACACUUUAUAAAACAAACAGAAAAUUAUUUAUUGAUAAGGUAAAAGAAAGUAUAGCCUCUAGUAAUGAGCAUAUAUAUGAUGAACCUCCCACUGAAGAUAAGCAUUACAUAACAUUCAAACCAUAUGACCCAAAUAUACAUGACUCAGCUAAAAACAUGAUGUUAAAGGUUCCUGGUGGAAAUGAAAGUUCACAUGGCAUUUCAUGGGUACAAUCUGGAUCUUAUCAAUCUUUUUCAAAAGACGAUACUACAUAGCAAUUAAAUAUAUAAUUAUAUUUUUAAAAAUAUCACAAAAAAGCACAGCCAUAUAACAAACCUGUGAUAAACAUUAUAUAACAAAUAUUUCAAUUAAUUCAUGUUGUGUAGAUUUGACAUUAAUAUUCAACAUGUCAAUAAGAAACAAUGAUGAGUGACUACUAGCUAUACAUACACAGCUUUACAUAUAAAUGUUGUUUAAAAAUGUCUUCUUUUAAAUGCUAAACAACAUUUGUAAGUAAAGCAUUUAGUUACAUUAAUAUAAUUGAUUCCUUUUCUUAAUUUAAAAAAAAAAAACUUAUUCAAUCUUAUUGUGAUUAUUAUUGUUAACAAUUAAUUACAUGUGAUUAAAUCACUAUUUUAAUUCAAAUUAUCCCAAUUUGAAUUAUAAUAGCCAUUAAUAUAAACUCAAGUUUAAACUGCAAUCAUAUCUUUAUAUGAGUAUCAACUCUGUUGAUAAAUUAGGUAAAUAAAAAUACAAAUAUGAUUGUGGUUAACACCUGAUAUUAUUUAUAUAUUUUUGUGAUAUAACAUACAUCACAAAAGUUUCAUCUGUACAUAAAUAAAAAUCUUAAUAUUUUCAUAUAUUUCUAUUUUAAUUAUUUUAACAGAACACAUCAUGUAAACUAAGUUUUUGCACAUUCUUUAAGUAUAUUUAAUGUCUUUUUUUUAACAGAAAGAAGACUAAUACAUUAUUUACAAAACCCUUGUUUUAAUUUUAAAUAUAAACAAAUAUUUAUUACAAAUAUAUACAUCACUAUAUAUAAAACAAAGUGCUUCUGCCAUGUCUGUCUGCAAUAAACAAAAAACUACCUUUUCGUAUGGUUUUCAUAUGGUUUGCACCAAUGGAUGGAGUGAGGAAGGUUUAGGUGAAUGUUGUAUAACGAGAAUUGUUG